AUGGAGCCCGCUGAGCCACAACCGACCACCAAUCCUUCCCCGCCAGGAGAAGCCGACCGACCGACUGGCUCUGGGGCUGGUGACAAUAAAGACCAACCCCCGGACGCAUCAAAGAAAGCGGCGGCGAAGAGGAGGACGAAGACUGGGUGCCUCACGUGUCGAAAACGCCGUAUCAAGUGUGAUGAGGGGAAGCCAAUUUGUAACAACUGCAUCAAGUCCAAGCGUGACUGUGAGGGCUACAGUCAACGACUCACCUUCAAGAAGCCCCUGGGGUCGUUUCCCUCAGGCCACCUCUACAGGAAUCCCGUUUACAACCAUCGCCAAAGUCAGGACGCAUUUGCCGACGCACAGGUAUCCACGGCGCAAAACGCUGCAGGCUCGUCUCAAGUAUUGCUUCCUGUGAUCGCUCCGAAACCAUCACCCGCUGAAUAUCUCGGGACUGUGCCCCCCACCACCUCCCAGCAGCAGGGGCCUGGGAAACCCUCGUUCAGCGGCAGCUCCGAUUUCGACCCAGCAGCUCAGCACUUGCCUAGUCCGCCUUUUCUUGGCUAUGAUAUUAACUCUUCCCAAAGUCACGGACAACCACCCACCUCCGGAGAGAUAUACGCCGAUGAUGGGACUAUCGAGGACGCCGCCAACACUCUGUAUAACCCCCAGCAGCACGCUUUCCUUCCCAGCAACGAUGGGUUUCAGCCACGCCACCAACCCUUGGCUGCGGAAGAGGGUUAUUGGCAAUCAGAUGAUGAAGCCUCAAUGGCGGAUUCGGACGAUGACACUCCUCUGGACUCUCAUCGCUUUCAUCUUGACUCCAACGACCUCGGUAUCCAGGUUGCCAGGCGGUUAGAACCCCAGCGGGAUUUGUAUGGGAUUAGGAUUCGUUCGUUUGGGGGUUUGGUGGACGACAACAUACUCGACACGUACACCCCCUCCUCAGCAAGCUCGCCCCUGAACGACACGCAGACCGCCACCAUCUUUUGGUAUUUUGUCAACGUUACAGGCCACAGCAUGUCGAUGUAUGAGAGGCAUCCGUUUGACCCGACCCCAAUGUUUCGAGGACAUCCAGUUCCGAAACAGCGUCAACACAUAUGGACAUAUACCUUCCCGAUCAUGGCGUUCAACCACCCUGCUCUCAUGCAGGCCAUGCUUGCACUAGGCAGCCUGCAGAUGGCCAAACUCAACGGGACGCCCCCCACUGCUGCCAUGAAACACUACCAUCUGUGCCUCAGGAGAGUCGCAAAGAACUAUCAGAGCCCCUACAAACGAACGCAGCCGGCCACACUCGCCGCCACGCUUUUACUCGGCUUCUACGAGGUCUGGAACUCGGAUCACGACAAAUGGUGCAAGCACAUGUGGGGCGGCCGAGCUAUCAUCAAAGACAUUCCCCUCAGGCGCAUGACAAAAGAUGUAUUGGCCUUCAAAAGACAGCAGAGGGAGCGAAUCCUCGGAGAGCACCAGUGCAACGAAGUGUGUUUUGCCUCGCAUGGGGAUCUGAGUGUGGACCACGCGGCUGUCGACUACGAGCUGAUCUACCAGCUGACCGGCCAAAGCGUGGAUUAUGAGCUCCCCAAUGGGUAUGUUUUCGGUGACCAGCAUCAGCCGUCGCGUAUCACGGAACGAGAUGUCGAGACAUACGAACAACUCCGUGAUCUAUAUUGGUGGUACUGCAAGAUGGAUGUCUAUCAGAGCUUCCUGGGUGGAACUCGUCCAUUAAUGGAUUACAAGCACUGGACCCAGUGCGUACCGCGUGGUCCGUUCGGAAGGAUAGAUUCCAUCCAUGGCACCUUCGACUUUUCUCUUUUACUACUUGGCCGGCUCGCCAGCUUUGCGGCCCGGGAUCUGACCAGAAAGCGGAAGGCAAGAAAGGCACAAGGCCCACCUCUUGGCCAAGGCCGUGGCGGUCCUGGCGGUGGUCCUGGCAGCGCUCCUCCUCCCAGCCAAGGACCCGGGCAAGCAGGGCCAGCGCCAGGGGCAGGCCGCGGUCAAUCGCCGCCCACGUUCCCCGGGCUAAUUCCCACCUCGGGGCGCGUCGCAAUACCCAGGGGGUUCACACCACCACGCGAAUCAUCACCCACUAGCGAUUCAACCGAAGGGGUGGAUCUUGACACAUCCACUACCCAAGCCCUGCAAGAGUGGGAAGAGAUCCGAAAAGCGUUCGAGAUCUUCCGCGCCCGGUUAGGACCAGAUUUUGAGCCCAUGGCGCCCGAUGUCGCGCCGCCUGAGAUGACACCCUUUGGACCUGCCCUCAUGUACCGCACGUACAGCAUCGCGGGGAUCUGGUUGAACUACUACAUGGGCCUUAUCGUUCUGCACCGAUCGCAUCCGUCGAUGCCUCCCGUUGCCGUGAUUGCAGCAGGCAUGGCCGCUCCGCAGACAGGCCGGUGGGCGAACGAGAUUGCGCGUAUCUGUGCCGGUUUGCAUGAGGAUACCACGCAUGUAUCGGCCAUCAGCACACUAUUUCAAGAUAUCCACCAACGGCACUGGGCUAUCCGCCGUCUCCGCGACAUCACCCGACUUACAGGCUGGCAAUCCGCGCGCCAAAUCGCAGACGGGUGCGAAUCCGGGUGGAACAAGGCCGCCGAGGUGGGGCGUGGCCCUCCGUAUCACAGCCCACCGGAGCUUGGACCGAUAUUCCACGACGGGGAAUCGGUCUGGAACCGGCCGCGGCGUAUUGACAGGCGGAUUCAAGAGCUUGAGGCGAGUGAGAGUCGAUUGGUGUUGGCUAGAUCGGAGCAGGCGCAUUAUGCGAUGGGGCUGUUGAGUGUGGAGAACGAUUUGGAUGCCUUGGUUAUUGAUGAGGCGGAUGGGGACCGAGGUGGGCGUGACGACCAGGAAGUGGCGGAUACGGAUCAGUUUGGGAGAUAUGAGGGGGAUCUAGGGGAGGAGUGA